AUGUUCAAUAGUAUUGCCAUUACGCUAGUCGGCAUUAUCGUGACACUUUCUCUCAUAUUAUGUUGCUGUGUGCUCAUAUUUAUGUGGCGAAAUAGAGAGUCAAGUCGUUUCAAGGCCUUUUUCUACAGAUGUUGCUGGAAUGAGGAGUUCAUAAAUUUGUUUACCCUUGUAUUUUUCGUAACAACUAUGUAUCCAAGAUUUUUACCCGUCACUUUCAACACUUAUCUCUAUAUGAAUCGUUUCCCAUGGUGGACAAACCUCUACUUCGUCUUGGAGACUACAUCUGCGGUGAUACCGCUUCCAAGGUAUCUGCGUUCCUAACUCCAUCUAUUCUGUUUUUUCAUGUUCAACUUCAGUCCAUGAACCUCCAGUUGAUCCUUCUAUGUCUGCACAUCUUUCUGGAGUUCAUCUCUGCUUCUUGCCAUUAGGAACACACCAUCUGCGCACAAGAGCACACGGUGGUUGCCGUAUGAAGUCGUUGACUAUCGCAUCCAUGACGGUGAUGAACAGGAGCUGCGAGAGUAAGGAUCCCGUGUACCCCGGCUUGUAUCUUGAAGUCUUUUGAUGGUCCUGCUGCUGUCUGGACGUAGCUCGUGGCUGGCAAAACUUAGUUAACAACCUAAUAAAAUAAUAAUGAAAUAACAAAGUGCGAAUACCAGAAAAAAAUUUUCACGCUAUGCAGAAGCAUUUGUUCGAUAAAUUCAGUUCUUACAAAAACACACAGCAAGUAUUUUUCAGCUAGAUAAAGUGUGAUUUGUAGAGGAUGAUCGCAGCAUUAUGUGUUACAAAUUUGAAAUCAAAAUUAUUAGUAGUUUCGUGGUCUACUACACUGCAUAAUCGGCUAACGACUUUUGCCCCACCCUGCAUACA